GUUAUAUCAAUUAAUACACAUUUCCGCAAACGCAAUCCGAAUGCGUUUGUAAAAUAGUGUAAUGCCAAACAUUAUUUCCUGUAUAUUUAUGAAGCGCUUCCUUUUUGUAUCGUGGGCUUUACGUAUAUGGGUUUGUAAGAUUGUUCUGCAAUGCAAAUUUUCGUAAAAACCCUUACGGGUAAAACCAUCACUCUUGAGGUUGAACCUUCGGAUACUAUCGAACAUGUUAAAGCCAAAAUCCAAGAUAAGGAAGGGAUUCCACCAGAUCAACAGCGUUUAAUUUUUGCCGGAAAACAAUUGGAGGAUGGUCGCACAUUGGCAGACUACAACAUUCAGAAGGAGUCUACAUUACACUUAGUCCUUCGUCUUAGAGGUGGUGCUAAGAAACGUAAGAAGAAGAACUACUCCACCCCAAAAAAGAUUAAACACAAGAGGAAGAAGGUUAAGCUAGCUGUGUUGAAAUAUUACAAGGUUGAUGAAAACGGAAAAAUACACCGUCUACGUCGGGAAUGCCCAGGUGAAAACUGUGGAGCUGGUGUUUUCAUGGCAGCUCAUGAAGAUCGCCAUUACUGCGGAAAAUGCCAAUUAACAUUCGUAUUUUCUAAACCAGAAGAUAAAUAAAAGUUUCUAACAAGUGUGUUAAAACAAUAUAUAAGAA